AUGAUGGAUGAUUACAGUCUAAGCUUACUAACAAAACCUGAAAAUAUGGAUGAAACAAAUGCAUCAACACAUUAUAUAAAAGAAGCACAAAUCAAAUGUUUGAAAUGUAAAUCAAAAUGCUAUUAUCCACCUCGUUCAUGUAUGCAACCACAUCCAUACAACUGGUUUGUCAGUUAUCUACCGUUACGAAAUCAGUAUGGUGAACGAAUCGAAAUCAUUGAAAUCUAUUGUGGCAAGUGUCAACGUUUUUCAUUAUGGAAAAAUGAAUUAUCGGGAUCUAUCGCUCAUUUUGUUCCACCCAAAGAUCAUUAG